AUGAAUAAGGGAUCUGAUCAAGCAGCAUUCACUGUUGGAGAUCUUGAUGAAGUGACAAAGUAUGAAGCAGGACGAUACAUUAGCACUUCUGAGGCAGUUUGGCGAAUUCUGAGUUUUCCUAUCCACGAGAGAUUCCCUCCAGUUAUGCAUCUUGCUGUACAUUUAGAAAAUGGUCAACGAGUUUUUUUUAAUGAAAAUAAUAUACUCAAUCAGAUCAACAAUUCCAAAACAACACUUAUGGCUUUUUUUGAACUCUGUAAAGUGGACAAUUUUGCGAAAAAAUUAUUAUAUUGUGAAGUUCCAGCUUAUUAUGUCUGGAGAAAACACCAGUUUCACAGAAGAAAACAAGGAAAAAUUGUGCCAGGUUAUUUAGGUAUAAAAAAAGAUCAUGUUUUAGGCAGAGUGUAUACUGUCCAUCCUACCAAUACUGAAUGUUAUUACCUCCGUCUUCUUUUGCAUGAAGUUCGCGGUCCAGAGUCAUUUACGGCUUUAAGAACUAUAAAAGAUGUAAUCUAUCCUACAUUUCAAGAAGCUUGCAGAGUAAUGGGAUUGCUCGAAGACGAUGCUUAUUGGGAUCAAACUUUAGCAGAAGUCUCAAUUUCUGAUUCAUCUUACAAAAUACGUGAAUUGUUUGCUGUUAUGUUAGUUUUUUGCCAAGUUGGAGAUCCGAUUAAAUUAUGGGAUAAAUAUCGAGAUAAUUUCACGGACGACAUUAAAAGACGAAUGAGUAGGAAUCGCGAAAACUCUGAGUUAGAUCUUGAUAUUGUUUACAAUCAAUGUUUGAUUAAUCUUGAAGAUAUGGUCAUUGCUAUGUCAGGUAAGACUCUUUUACAAUUUGGACUCACUUCACCAUCUCGAGAACAAGAAUCUGUUAUUAUUAAUCAACAAUAUUUAAAUGAAUUAGCUUAUGACAUUGCUAAGUUAACCGAAGAAGUGAUAAAAAGUGUUCCGAUACUGAAUAAAGAACAGAAAGAAGCAUAUGAAUCUAUAUUUAAUAGUGUCGUUUCUGAUUAUGGACGAUUGUUCUUCCUUGAUGCUCCUGGUGGAACGGGAAAAACAUUCUUGAUUAAUUUGUUGCUUGCGAAAAUUAGAAGUGAAAAAAGUAUUGCUAUUGCUGUUGCUUCUUCAGGAAUUGCGGCUACUUUAAUUGACGGAGGCAAAACAGCUCACUCGACAUUUAAAUUACCUCUUGAAAUGAAUCAUUCUGAUAAUAUUCUAUGCAAUAUUUCUAAGCAGAGUGAUAUGGCUCACGUUAUCAGAGAAGCAAAACUGAUAGUAUGGGAUGAAUGCACUAUGGCUCACAAAAAUGCUAUUGAAGCUCUCAACAGAACUCUUAAGGAUAUAAGAAAUAGUGACCGAAUAAUGGGUGGAAUAACUGUUGUUUUAGCUGGUGACUUCAGACAAACUUUACCUGUUGUACCACGAGGUACACGGCGUGCAGAUGAAGUCAAAGCCUGUCUCAAAUCCUCAGUUUUAUGGCCUCAUGUGAACGUACUGUCUUUGAAAAUUAAUAUGCGCGUUUAUAUGCUACAUGAUUUGAGAGCAGAAGAAUUUUCAAAGUUACUCAUUGAUAUAGGGAAUGGACAAAUUUCAGAAGUUGACGGACGAAUAAAUAUUCCGGAUAACCUAGCUGAAAAAAAAGCUAUUUUGACUCCAACGAAUGAUUCAGCAAAUAGCAUUAACAACUUUUUUCUGGAAAAGCUAUCAACUAAUCAAAUGAAGUAUAAAUCUAUUGAUACAGUCGUAGAAGUUGAUGAUGCUGUCCAUUAUCUUGUCGAGUUCUUACAUACAUUCAAUCCACCCGGAAUACCAUCUCAUAUUCUCAAUCUUAAAAUUGGAGCACCAAUAAUGUUACUGCGCAAUUUGAAUCCUCCAAAACUAUGUAACGGUACCAGACUACAAGUGAAAAAUUUACAUAAAAAUAUUAUUGAAGCUACAAUUUUAACAGGUAAACAUGAAGGAGAAGUCGUAUUUAUUCAAAGAAUUCCUUUGGUUCCAUCUGACUACCAUUUCAACUUCAAACGUCUACAAUUUCCUGUUAGGGUUUGCUAUGCUAUGACUAUCAAUAAAGCGCAGGGGCAGAGUUUAAAAUUAGCUGGUGUAGAUUUGAGACAUGAUUGUUUUUCUCAUGAAAAAGCACCCGUUCAAGUCGUAGAAUAUUUUAAUAGUAAUUGGAAUAACAAUAGAGAGGAAUGGUGUACAUAUCUAAUGGUCAAGAACCUUGGUGACAAUUCGAACAACCGAGUAGAGUCCAUGAAUGGAAAAAUAAAGGAAGAAGUAGGUCCUACUACUAAUGAAAACAAAGUCAAGAAGAAUACUAAAUUCGGACAAAUAAUAGAGCUUGAUAAAAGUUGUACAGUUUCUGAACUUGAUGAACCUGUGAAAGUGAAUGUUCGUGGUCGUCCGAAAGGAGCCACAUUAAAUACGAUAGGACUUCAAAAAACUAAUCGUCAAGUAAUGCCUUUUGUUCUGAAAAGUAAUUAUUUACAAGCUAUUGACUUAUUAAAUUGGUUGCAAUUACCUCAAAAAAUGGUUGAUAACGUACUGAGAAACGAGUAUAUUAUUAAAUCUGAAGACAUCUCUAAAGUUUGUAUAAGUUAG